AUGGAUCGUCGCUCUUCCACACAAUCCACCUCGUCCUCGACCGCUGGCUUCGUGCACCCGAUCCCUUCAAUGAACCGCCGCCACCCCGCGUCGCUCAUCCCCAAGUUCCUGCACGAUCCGUCGUUGCUCGAACUCGUUCGUGCGCCCGUCACCUCGGAGAUGAUCUGUGAGUAGCGUCUCGUACUUUACGGGGGCUUUAUUUAGUACUUGGCUUUCAUCAAGCGCUACAUCUGUCACGGGCUCGCUUCGUCGUCUGAGGAUGUGAUCGGCCGCCGCGGCCGCCUCUGCCCAGUCGCGCCGUCCGAACAGGGCGCGCGUCUGGGGGCGCGUUCAAAUGAGUGAUCGAGCCAAUGGCGCGCCUCGCGGGCGACACGGCGAACACCUCUACCCGAGUCCAGCCAGUGACCCUCGAUCAUUGUACUGACCAUGCUCGCAAAUACCACUACCUUUACACAGCUCAUCUCGCCGCCAAGGCCGUUGAAGUCAUUCAAUGCGGACCCGCACCUCCGACUUCGCUGCCGUCGCCUCCUCCCACGCCGACCAAGUCGGCUUUCCCGGUUCUCGACUCGCAAGCCUCAGCGAUUCCCUCGCUCGAGGAGUUUAUCACCAUCCUUGUCGACAAGUCGAACGUGCAGGUGCCGACUUUGUUGUGCACCCUCGUCUACCUCGAACGUCUCAAGUCUCGAUUGCCCAAGGUCGCCAAGGGCAUGCACUGCACGCGUCACCGCGUCUUUCUAGCGACUCUCAUCGUCGCGGCCAAGUACUUGAACGACUCGUCGCCCAAGAACAAGCACUGGACUCGAUACGGCGCCCUCUUCUCCUCCGCCGAGGUCAACCUGAUGGAACGUCAGCUCCUCUUCUUGCUCGACUACGAUCUCCGAAUCGUUGAGGAAGAACUCCUCGAGCACUUUGCUCCUUUCCUUCGCCGACCCGUGCCCUCGACUUCGCGCCACCCGUACCGCGAAUCGACCCGCUCUUCCGUCUCGUCCGCCUCAGUAUCCAUGAACGCCGUUGAGCCUCGUACGCCAAGCCGAAGGAGCUCUACCGCGACAACGCAAAAGGCCCGCGAAACCGGACUCCUGACGCCUUCCCCGACACCGGGCCGUCGCUCUUCGAACGCGACAAGCUCGACCAGCGCUUCCUCAUCUCGCCGCCCUUCCAUUAGCCCGUCUCAGCACCGACCACGCGUCUCCCCGACAGGCUCGUCCUCGUCGGGUGACACCCUGUCCGACGACUUCCAAUCAGUGUCGGACGAUGAGGAGAUGAUGGAGCUCGAGAGGUCUCGCGGCCAGCACGCUCGACAUGGCUCCAUUCCUCGCUCGCAAAAGAUCGCAUACCAAAUGUCGGCGCAGGCCGCUGGCGCUGCUCGACGAGGAGUCCACGCCGCACCUCUCACACCGACCGACGACAUGCCGAGUUACCCGAUCGCUUACGCUGAUGAGAGGGCGGCUGACGCGGUCCUGCGGCCACAGCGAUCGAACUCGUUCUUGAGGAUGCUCGAAGUCGGCAAAGGGAUGCUCGGUGCUCGACCUUCAAGGCCGGCUCUUCAGGAAGAGUACCACUCGCACAACAUCCUCGCCAACAGCGUCGAUUCGAACCGCAUGGUCCUGUAA